AUGUCUGGCUUUCAAUUUAGUGCUAACAGACUUAUCGGCAAAGGUAAUUCAUCAAAAUCGUCUGUCAAUGAGCACGCUAAUGACGAUACCAAAAAUAAUACUGCUUCAUUAUUCAAGGGGCAAUAUCAAGAGUUAAUAUCCACCGAGGCUUAUCGCGUUUCGAAAGUUGUGACAUACUUACCAACACUUGAUAUUUCGGAAAACAUCUUAGCCGGAAAUAUAUUUCCUGAAUGUGGUACCGUAUUAAUUACGAAUAAGCGUAUUCUAGUUUAUGCCACAGAGGAAAGCAUUUUAAGACAACCGUUCACCCAAGAGUUUGCUUACAAGCCCAAUGGAUUUGGAAUCCUUCCUAUCGUGAAACUAUUAAAAGAUGAUGAAGAUCCAAAUUUGCUAGAUUUAUUCAUUCUUGAUCCAGUGUCGGGUGAGGCCACAUUUAUUUUAAGGCUUCAGUUUUCCCCAGAUGUGCCAUUAUUGCGAGAAGAAAAAUCUUUAAAAAUUACAUUGGCUCAUGGUGAAUUUGCAACAUUGUGUGAGUACAAUCCCAUAUGUGGUAUGGUUGUUGCCACAAAUUACAGAAGAGUUGUUAAUAUAAAUUUGAAGGAUGCAUUUGGACACCCUGUGUUGUCAUACUCCGAAGUGCUCCCCUCAAAAGUUUUGCUCGGUUACUUACGCAAUCCCAAAUAUCUUGUUCAGUCCUAUGAUUCUCAAAACAAGAUUAUAUCCUUUACAUUUCGUUCAAUCGAUGAGGCAUCAUGUUUGUUGGCAGUUUUGGAAGAACAGGGUCUUUUGACUAUUAUCAAGCUUGUAAAGGGCUCCGGUAAAAUCAAUGUGAUUAAUUUAGAUCUUUUCAAAGGAUUAAUUCCAACAGUUGCAUCAUCCACAAAUGAAUUGAAUUUUGCUGAACAGAGGGAGCUUCAUAAAAACAUUAAGUUUAAGGCCAUUCAAUUUUGGGGUGAAAGCAAUAACAAACUUCUUGCCCUCAUUUCGAAUAAGAGAGAAUUGGUGCUUCUAAUUUAUACCUUGGGAGAAGAUCAAUGUAUCACUUCGCUGCGUAGCUACAAGCUUAGCAAUCUUGAAAGUGAUGAGAAGUAUCCACAAAUGUACUGUAUGGAUCAAGCUGAAAGGGCUGUUAUUAUUUCUGAUUCACGGAUAGUUAUGAUUGAUCUUAAUGAUGAUUUAGCAAACAUGUGGGAAGACUUCUUCUCUGUGCAACAAUCUGUUAAUAUUCUAGGAAUAAAUGGUGAUCGGGAUAUAUUAAGAUUGCUUGUUAAUGAUGGCAUUUUAGAAGUGCAAAUGCUUGGGCCAGGUAGACAUAGAACUGCAUCUGAAAUAAUAGAAACAAGAAUACAACAGGAUCUUGAAUAUAUGAGCAACAGCAAUGCCAAUAUAAAGGUGCUUCAGUUGGACAUGUACAAUCAGUUUAAAUCCGGAAUCAAUGUCGAUGUUGAAAAUGCUAUCCGAAAAGUUUGUGGUAGUAUAAUUCACAACGAAUUUGGAAAUACAUCUUCAGUAAUCCUAGUUCAAGACAAUUUGCAACUAAGAAUUUCUCUACUUGACCAUCUUGCUCAAUAUGUUGCUUCUAAUUUUGAGAUUUCCAACGGAACAAAAAUGGCAUUAGUGAAUGCUCGUGAAAAGUUGGGAAUGAUUUCACUCUUAUACAAAUGCUUAGAAUUAGAAGAAGAGGAUGUCGUAAAGAAUGUAACAGCGAUUCAUGGUUGCACUCUUGGUGAUAUUUUAAAGGGUUAUGGUGUAAAUUCUUUGGACCUAUUAGAGGAUUAUUUGACUAAAAUUCUUGGAUCAACACCCAAAUCAUCCUCCAAGCUCUUAACGCUUGCGGGUAUAGUUUGCAAUGAGCUCACAAAUAACUAUAUUAAUCCAGAGAGAAAUAUGAAGAGUCAAACAUUGAGCUUGGUUUAUUCUGAUAUGCUAAAGGAGGAUGAUUAUCCUAUAUUCUGGGGGCAUUUUGGGCUUCUUGAAAGUAUUAAUCAAAUGUUGGAAGAUUUAUAUACUUUUUAUGUUAUGGAACAGAAAAUUGUUACCCAUAGGGAUGAAAUUCAUGGUUCUGAGGAUUAUGAUGUUGAACAAAGAAACGAUUCUGAAGUUAAGGUCAAAGUUAGUCAGACUGCUGUUGGCCUUUCAUUGAUGCUUUACUACUGCUGUAACGACAUUUUGCAGUUAUUACAGAUAGUAGAUGAUAAUAUUACUCUAAAGAUAGCUUCCGAUCAUCUACAGAAUUUCUAUCGUUCCAAUAGGGCCAAUUGGAUAAAGGUUUUUAUAGCUUUUGAAAAACAGGAUCAAAUGAUGGGACUCAUAGAAGGUUUUAAUGAUUUGCAAAGUCUUAGUGAAUUGCUUGAUAGUGAAAGGAGAUACAUUGAGGAUCAAAGAACUAUUCAGAUACAUGAACCCAUUGAAAUCGAGAAUUUAAGUGCCAAAAUAGAAUUGCAGUUUGACAGAUGUUUUACACAGUACGGAUAUGAGUUUGCUAAGAAUUUAUUUAGGUACUAUGUACGUACGGGUAGAAUUGAUGUUUUACUUACUCGUUUUCCAAAAUACACCAAGUUUCUUGACCGAUUCCUUUCUUCUGAUAUUUCUUAUGCCAAGUUUUCCUGGAUUCUUGAUAUUCAAGGUAACAAAUAUCAAAGCGCUGCUAAGAAGCUUUUACUGUGUGCUCAAACGAUGAAGAAUGAUAAUAUCUUAAACAAAACUUUAGAACUUAAUAUUGCAAAACUUUCUAUGAUCGCAUCGCCCGAUAAAUUAUCAAAACAAUCAUAUAUGAGUCAAAUUGAAGCUGAGUUAUUAAUAAUGGAUACUCAGAGGCAUGUUGAAUCAGAGCUCAAAAAAUUUGUGGAGUCAAGCAAAAUGACAUUUGAGGAAAUUGUUGACCAGUUAUUAAAGAAUUCAUUAUAUUUACAAGGUUUUACAAAUUUUGUUCAGUAUAUUCAUAAACUGUUAGAAAAAAUUGGUUGCGAAGAAAAGCCACUCACUCUUUUGGAGUUGAUUGAUCUUCUAACAUUGACUGAUCUCUCUAUUAUCAAAGUAUCUGGAUUUGAUGAGGCUAUUCAUCUAAUUUCUCAUUUAUUGGCACUACGGAGAGGAGAUAACUUGAAAGUAAAAUCUCUAAAUUUUAAGCACGUCUCUAUUCUUAAAAAUAUUGUUUUAAAGAGAUUGUUUUUAAACGAAAGUUGGAGUGAGCUUGAUGCGGGAAUAAACUUAGAAAAAAGCCAACUUUUAAAAAUACUUGCCACGUUAGCAGAUUACAACAUUUCAAGUCCACAAUCCGUCCAAAAGAUGGGCAUUUCUGAAAGUGAGUUGGGUGAGCUUGAAGUGUCUGCCGACUUUCAUUCUGAUUACCUUAAGGAAAAUAAUCUUCUUUCAGAGUUGGCAAAAAAAGAGAAUCUUGAAAGAUUCCUCCCACAACAAUAA